AUGAGACAGACAGUCGCCUUUCCUGUGCCUUUGCAGUGGCAGACAUAUUCGGACAGUCUACGUGCCAUUCCAGUUUACGCAAUGACAGUAGCGAAUGAAAAGCCGAGCUAUCAUGAUGCUGUGGAGAAGCUGAAUUCCACACAGACGGGCUAUAAGGCCUUGCAGGAACGGAAAGGAAUGGGACGGAGGACAGAUGCCUCACCUUUAGAGCAGAUGCGGCAGUGGGUAAGGCGCGUGGGAUACGAUACCAGUGAUUUCGACCGCUUGAACGUCGUCCAUGUCGCCGGCACCAAAGGCAAAGGUAGCACAUGUGCCUUUGUAAAUUCCAUCCUCCAGUCUUACAAUAGAUCGAUUGGGGUACCGCGUAAAGUUGGGCUUUAUACCUCGCCUCAUCUUAUAACGGUUCGUGAGCGAAUCCAAAUCAACUCGCAGCCAAUCUCAGAGGAGAAGUUCACGAAGUAUUUCUUCGAGGUUUGGAAUGCUUUAGAAUCCUCGGCCCUCCGAGAGGGCCUUGAUCCUGCACUCAAACCAAGGUAUUUCCGGUUUCUGACCCUAAUGUCAUUUCAUGUCUUCAUGAGCGAAGGAGUCGAUGUUGCGAUCUAUGAGGUUGGUGUUGGAGGUGAAGAUGAUUCAACGAAUGUCAUCGUGCAGCCUGCUGUUACUGGAAUCACUACUCUUGGCAUCGACCAUGUGAAGCGUCUCGGCAAUACCGUUGACAAGAUAGCGUGGCAUAAAGCUGGGAUAUUCAAGAAUCAGUGUCCUGCUUUCACGGUUGAGCAGGUCCUCGACGCCAUGGAAGUUCUCAAAGAAAGAGCGGGCGAGAAAGGGGCUCAGCUUGCUACAGUUACGAUUGCUCCAGUGCUUCGAGAUGUGGACAUCAAGCCAGCUGAGGAUUUCCAGAGAAAGAACGCUUCUUUGGCCAUCGCGCUCGCUUACACUGUCCUAGAAAAGCUUGGAGUCUCCUUCAAUAAGGAACAGGGAGGUAUCCCUAAACCAUUCGUUGAAGGCCUCGAAACUGUUGUAUGGAGAGGGAGGUGCGAGACAAUCACAAGAGGCCAACUGCAUUGGCAUCUCGAUGGAGCUCACACAGAAGACAGUCUGAAAGUAGCCUGUUCCUGGUUUGGGCGUGUUUCGAAAGAGAAGAACUUGCCUCGCGUGCUUAUUUUCAACCAACAGUCAGCAAGGGAUGCUAUUGCGCUUCUCAAAUGCGUUCAUCGUACUGUAUAUGAUGACUUCAGGACAAAUUUCCAAUACGCCUUGUUCUGCACAAAUAUCACUCACAAAGGCCACUCAUAUAAAGUUGAUCUCGAUGACAGGAACACUGAUCCAGAGGUACUUCGAAACCUCACAUUACAAAACGAACUGGCAGCUACCUGGCAUAGCUUGGACCCAAGUACAAAAGCAGUAGCACUUUCUUCAAUUGAAGAGGCCGUUGAAUAUGUGAGGAACAUUAGCGGUCAUAUUGGUGAGACGCGGGCGCUGGUCACUGGAAGCUUCCGUCUUGUUGGUGGCGCUCUGUCUAUUCUGGAGGAAGAGGAUAUUGCGCAUGGAAAAGCCACCGCUAAUUAGCAAGAUGGUGAGCUGAGCUGUAUAUAGAGGUUUGAAGCAGGAAAGGGUCGCACUAGAAGGGACUCACGUCAUCUAAGUGUUGGCUCGCUGAUCAAAACCUUGCGGGUGGUGCCAAACGACAGUUUACUAUAGAGGCGACUAGUAGACGUCUGGUCUUUCACGGGUUUGCACACAAUAAUUGCGUGCAGAAUCCGGCUUGCGCUAGCUUAGCGACAUCAGCGAUUGCUGUAUACCGCAGAAGGGCAUGUAGAGCCUUUCCUUCCAUAGAACAAUAGAACAGUCUCUGAACCUGAUGCAAAGCCCCCGUGACAAG